AUGGUGGGGCUCCAGAGAGGUCUUGGAGAUGCCUUCUGGCCUCCUGCCCCACAUCCCUCGGGACUACAGCUCCCACAGUGCACUGGCCGCCUCAUCACCUUCGCUGACUCCAAGUUCCAGGAGGGGCCUCUUCAGCGUGCGGGCUCCUUCCCCUCCUCCAAGGCCCUGAUCACCCAUCAGCACGGCCACCGUCCAGCCCCAGCCGCCAAGCCCUCCACGCCAGGUGUGCCCACCAAGGCCCAGCCUACCUAGUGCCCUGACUGUGGCAAGACCUUUGAGUGGGCCGCUUCUUCUCUGAGGUGGCACCAGUGGGUUCAUAAGGCCCAUGCCACCCCUGCCCCCUUUACCUGCACUGAAUGUGGUCAGGACUUUGCCCGAGAAGCCUGGCUCCAUCAACACUACAUCUACUGUGCUAGGGAGGAGCUCUGAGUUGGGUUUGAGCUCUCUCCAUAGUGAU